UUUUUAGAAUUCGAUGCGUUCUUAAAUUCAUCGAAAAAAAUUGUUUUAAUCAUUCGUCAGUGCGCUUUGUUUCUCUCUCGCAAACGUGAGCAUAUCUGAGCACAUCACCAUCAUCGUUUGGCGACGAACGACGUAUGGAUUCAUUUACGAACGUAAACCGGUGACUGUCACGUUGCGAGCCUGCUGACGUUGAAAGGUUCCGAUCGGGGAAACAAUGCGCGUUGGUUAGAAUUUCGUUGAUCCCGCACAGCUGUAUCGAUUAAGGCAUUUUAAUUUAAUAGAAACACCACGAUUAUCGAGGGAUUAUUAACGGCGCGAUAAUGCACACUUUUCUAACACGAGGAAAUGCUAUCUUGGCGUAUACGUUGAGUGUAUCGGCUUUCCUCACAUUUUGCUGUUUUCUCUCAACAGUAUUUAUCGAUUACAGAGCGAACGCAGCAUUAAAUACGGUUAAAGUUGUUGUAAAGAAUGUGCCAGAUUACAGUGCAUCGAGAGAAAAAAAUGAUUUGGGUUACUUAACUUUUGAUCUACAAACUGAUCUCACUCCAUUGUUUAACUGGAACGUUAAGCAAUUGUUUUUAUACCUCACAGCAGAAUAUCAGACAGAAAAUAAUGUAUUUAAUCAGGUAGUACUAUGGGACAAAAUAGUUCUUCGUGGAGAUAAUGCUGUACUCGAUUUCAAGAAUAUGAACACAAAAUAUUAUUUUUGGGAUGAUGGCAAAGGCCUCAGGGGAAAUAAGAAUGUAACAUUAACGUUGUCCUGGAACAUUAUUCCAAACGCUGGAUUGUUACCUAGUGUUAAUGCUCUUGGUUCUCAUACUUUCGCAUUCCCGUCUGAAUACACAACAUUGCGCGUAUAACGUAUAUUCAAAUGUAUACGUAUUAUGAUUGUGUACUAUAAUAUGAUUUUGUAAGACUUAUUUAAAUUGCAUAAAAUUCGUGUACAAUAAACAAUGUUUAUUUCUUCAUG